AUGGCCAUCGCCGAGGACGCGGCAACAGUGCUCGAGCAGUUUGUACACGACGUUGCAAACCUGCCGGCGGAGAUAACGCACCUGUACGAAGAGGUACAGGCCAAGGACAACCAGAUCCAGGAGCUGCGGGCAGGCAUUCAGCAGCGUGACAGCAGCAUCCAGAAAUUCAUCAAGCUCAACGGCAGCCUGGUGGAAAAUCCAAAGGAGGCCGGGUAUGCCAAGACCAUCACAGCAAGCUACGAAAAGGCACAGAUACUGCAAGAAGAGAAGAUUGGGCUGGUGGAAAAGGCUGCAGCGCUGCUGGACCGCCACGUCAAGCGGCUGGACAGCAAGCUGCGCGACUUGCAGAAUGACGGGUCGAUGCCCAUGGAUGCGCAGAUGCCGUCGUUGCUGCGAGAGUCGACUGCGAACCUGGUUCCGCCGGCGUCCAUGUGCAACACAGGGGCCAACACACCACUGCUGCCCGUAUCGGGCAACCAGGGAGGCGGCGCGCCGAACCUGGCGCAGGCGGCGGCGAUUGCACGGCUGAGCAGCGCAAGCAGCGCGGGGCUCGGGUCGAGGACGAACCCGUCGCUGCAGAAGAUGCAGACACAGGCGCUGCUGAACCAGCAGCGGCUGACGAAUGCGCAGAGCGCCAUGCAGGCGAGCGCGCGACAAGAACGCGAAAUGUCGGUGGGCAGCGAGAGCAAGCGGCGGCGUCCGACAGGCAGUCUGGGCCCGCUGCCGUCGGCAAGCUCGAGUCUAGGGCGGCAGGGGUCGAUAGGGCCAGGCACGCCCAAGCCGUCGACGCCGGGGUCGCGGGCAGGCAGCGUCGGGCCCAGGCCGCCCAAGAACGCACUCACGGUCAAGAAGGCGAAGCCGCAGCAGCCGUUGCGCAAGGCGGCGCUGACGGCCAAGUCUGGGGUGAGCAAGAAGCGGCGCAAGGGCGGGUCGCGGGCGUCGCCCUCGACGACGGCCGACGACGAGAGCGUGGCGAGCGAGGCGGGCACAGAGGACGAGGACAUGGCGGGCAUGGGGGGGGGCGACGGCGAGGAGGACGAGUCGGACGACACCAAGUACUGCACAUGCCAGCGCGUCAGCUUUGGCGACAUGGUGGCGUGCGACAACGACAACUGCCGGUACCAGUGGUUUCACUGGGAGUGCGUGGGCAUCAAGGAGGAGCCGGUUGGGGACUGGCUGUGUCCCGAGUGCAGGAACCAGGCGCCGACCAAGAUCAAGCGGGCGCGGUAG